AGACACAAGCUUUAAGGAGGGCAUGUAAAAGCCAAGUAGCAAAUUAAUUAAAUCAUACUACUUCCCUUCAAUAUAUACGUAGCUUUCUGAUGCAAGCGGUCUAAUUAAUUCCUUUUUCUUUACAAAUGAGCACAGAAGACAGUAAUGUGUCUUCUUCUCAGACGAGGACUGAUACUGAAACAAGUCGUCGUCGUCGUCGAUGGUCAUAUGACGUUUUCUUGAGUUUUAGAGGUGAAGAUACUCGAAAAAGUUUUGUUGAUCACCUUUACACCACUUUGCAUGAAAAGGGUAUUCAUGCAUUUCGAGACGACAUAGAGUUACGGAGGGGGAAAUUAAUUUCCCCUGAACUCCGUAACGCUAUUGAAAAGUCUAGGUUUGCAGUUGUCAUUUUCUCACAAAACUACGCCAAUUCCUCCUGGUGUUUGGAGGAAUUGACGAAGAUUGUUGACUGCACAAAGCAUAGAGGGCAAACGCUGAUGCCUGUCUUCUACAGCGUGGAUCCUUCAGUUGUGAGAAAACAGAAGGGGAGUUAUGAAGAAGCUUUCGCAGAACAUGAAAAGAAUUUCGAGGAAAACAAGAUUCAAGAAUGGAGGGAUGCUUUAAAGGAGGCAGCUAACAUCUCUGGAUAUGACGUCCAACACAUGGAAGAUGGGCAUGAGUCAAGGUGCAUUAGACAAAUUGCAGUGGCAAUUUUGAACAAGUUGGGCCAUGUACGACCUAAAAUUGCAGAAAAUCUAGUCGGAAUCGAGCCCCAAGUAGAAAACUUAAUAUCUCUGCUGAAUACAAAUUCUGAGACUGAUGUUCGCAUAAUUGGGAUAUGGGGUAUGGGAGGAAUCGGCAAAUCAACCAUUGCACGAGCUGUUUUUGAUCAACUUCAAGAAAUGUUUGAAGGUGGCUGCUUUCUUGAUAAUGUUAGAGAAGCUGCAUCCAAAUUUGGACUGCAAGCUUUGGCAGAAAAAUUGCUUUCAGAGACACUGAAAGAGACCAAAGACAAUCUUUACACCAGCACCAACUUACUGAUGAACAGAUUGAGCAAUAAAAAAGUGAUGAUCGUUCUCGACGACGUGGAUCAAGAUGAGCAGAUAGAAAACUUGAUUGCUGGAGGACACAAAGGGUUCGGGCCUGGUAGUAGAAUUAUUAUCACAACAAGAAACAAGCAAUUGCUAUCGGCUUGUGGAGUGGACCAAGUGUAUGAAGUUAGCCUAUUAGGAACUAAUGAGGCUUUGAUGCUCUUCAACAGGUUCGCCUUCAAGGAAGCUCAACCGCAGGAUCAUUUCAUGGAACUAGCAUUACGAGUGGUGAAAUGUGCUUGGGGACUCCCGUUGGCUCUCAAAGUUUUGGGAUGUUUUUUGCACAAAAGAGAAAAAGAAGAAUGGGAAAGCGAGUUGACGAGGUUGGAAGGUAUUCCUCAUGAUGAUGUGAUAGGGAAACUUAAAUUGAGCAUUGAUGCAUUGAAUGAUUUAGACAAGCAAAUAUUGCUUGAUAUUGCUUGUUUCUUUAAGGGGAAACGAAGAGAACCUGUGGUCAAAAAAUUCCAUGCUUUCGGUUUCAAACCUGAAAUUGGAAUACCAGUGCUUGUUCAAAGAUCUUUGUUAUCUAUAUCUGAUGAUGACAGAUUUCAGAUGCAUGAUUUAGUUCAAGAAACUGCUUGGUACAUGGUUCGCCAGGGACAAACAAAAGAGAAAUACAGCAGGUUGUGGAUUCCCGACGACAUAUGUGAUGUUAUGUCAAAGAAAUCGGGUACAGAAGCGAUUCAGGCAAUAAUAUUGACUUACCCACAAAAAGAGAAAUUGAACUUAUCAUCACAGGCAUUAAAAGGUAUGGAAAAUCUACGUCUGCUUAAAAUCCGCAAUGCCUACUUCAGUAGAGGUCCAAGUUACCUUCCGAAUGAGUUACAAUGGCUCAACUGGCACAAGUUUCCCUCAACCUCACUUCCACAAGACUUUGAGGGAGAAAAGCUUGUCGGACUCAAGUUAAGUCGUGGCCAAAUUUCACAACUAUGGCCAGAACCUAAGAACCUUGAGCAGUUGAAGUAUUUGAAUCUCAGCUACUCCAAUGGGCUAACUACCACUCCAGAUUUCAGCAUGAUGCCAAAUCUUGAAAAGUUGAAUCUUAGCAACUGUAAAUACUUGGUAGUAGUUCAUGAGUCAAUUGGAACACUUGAAAGGCUUAAAUACUUGAAUAUGUCUCACUGCUCAAAGCUGAGUCGUCUUCCGAAUACCAUUCACCUUGAAUCUUUGGAAACUUUUCUUCUGUGGGACUGCACCAAUCUUGAAAAUUUUCCUCAAGUUAUUGGCUUAAUGCCAAAUCUUCCAGAACUUCACUUGGAAGGGACUGCUAUUAAAGAGCUACCCGACUCCCUCAUAAAUAUCAGUGGCCUUGUGUCCAUAAACCUCAGUAAUUGCAAAAGCCUGGAAAAUAUAACCUACAGCAUCUGCGGUUUGAGAUGUCUCAGGAGUCUUAAUUUCUCUGGCUGUUCAAAACUCGAGUCAUUGCCCGAAACUCUUGGCCAAUUGGAAACUUUGGAAGAAGUCCUUGUGGAUGGAACUGCAAUUACCAAGCUACCAUCAACUAUCUCCAAAAUGGGAAACUUGAAAAUCCUUUCUUUCAGUGGAUGCAAGAAUAUUAAGAAAAAGGACACGUCAUUUGGAGUGGCAAGUUUAAGCAAGUUCACUUCAAUGACAAAUGUCAAGAAUCUUAUGAAACGAUCAGAUGCUGAGAAAAAGAAGCCACAAGCAGCACGGCCAUCCUUAUCUGGUUUGCGUUACUUGAAGAAAUUAGACCUCAGUGACUCUGAUUUAGUAGAUGAAGUUGCUGCUGAUGUUUGGCAUUUGGCCUCAUUGGAGGAGUUAAAUUUGAGCCGAAAUAAUUUUGUGCAAUUUCCUUCAAGAAUAUCUGGACUCCCAGGAUUCAAAGUCCUGAAAUUGGAAGAAUGCAAGAACCUUGAAGUACUGCCUGAUCUUCCAUUGAGUAUUGCUGUGAUAGAGGCAAACGAGUGUCCGGCUCUGCACACUCUUGGAAAUCUGUCAACCCAACAUGCAUUCUUAAGGAAGGUUUCCUUUUCCAAUUGUCACAAAUUGCACGAACAAAGCAAGAAAACCGGCAUUUGUGCUGCGGAUUUGUUGUUGGAACUGCUACUUCAGGGGCACUCCAUCAUAUAUGGUCGAUUCAGUAUACUGAUUGCUGGAGGAAAAAUCCCCGUGUGGUUUGAUCAUCAGAAAAUAGGCGGUUCUAUCUCAGUCCAGCUACCUUCAGAUUGGCAAGAUAACAUUGUGGGAAUUGCAGUGUGUUUCAUUUUGGAAAGCUUUAUUCCAAAGUCAAGACUAGGUGUUACUUUCAAGUUGGUUAGCCCAGACCACAGAGAAUACACAUCUGAAAAUGCACCUUCUGCUGCUUCAAAGAUGGGAGAAGUGUACGAUUCGGAUCACGUGUGGAUAACUUAUAUCUCUUUCAAUCUAUUUCGGCUCCUCUUCCCUGAUUUCACAACUGAAGAUUGGACUAAAGUUUGUGGUAACCUUUCAAUUAGAAUAAGGCAGGAUCCGUGGACAAAGGUAAGGAGGUGUGGAAUUCAGCCUGUGUACAAACAAGAUUUGAGCACAUUGGCAGCUGAACGCGCGGGGGUUAAUAAAGAUUCAGUUGGGAGCAAAGAAUUAGUGGUGUAUGAAGGAGGAGGUAAAGAAAGUAAAGAAGAAGCUGGGAUCAAAGAGGAUAUUGCUGCACUUAUGGCUGGGGUUACUGAAUUGAAUUGGGAUGUUGACCCCAUUGAGCAAGAUACCACUCAGCUCAUGAAUUUGAGGAAAUCAAUUGCCUAUAAAAUUCAAAAGACUCUCACUUUUGAAUGCUAGCAUCAGCACUUGUUGGUUGAUGAUUCUUGCUCAACUUACGUUGGUUUGUUUGUUUGUUUGGCUUGCGUUUGCUAAUGAAACUAAGAGAAUAAGUAAGUGACUAUUGCCUUUAUUUUGUUGAAUUGAUUGGCUUGUUGUACCAUAAGAAAGAAAAAAUAAUCUAAGUUUGGUUUGUAUCUUAAUUUGUGUGCUUUGUGUGUUUUUCUAUUUACCUAAUUGUAAUUGUGUCUACUUGUAUAAAUUGAAGAGUGCUUAUAUUUUGUUAAAAUCUCUA